ACUUCAUUUCCUUUUCUGCCCCUCUCUAACUUGCAAAUGGGAAAAGGGCAAAACCCUAGCUCGCAAAUCACAUGCUUCUUCUUCUCCUUCAUCGAUUCGGAUCUGUAUUCUUAAUUCUUUGCUUCUCGAAUUCUUCGUUGAAUAUAUGGAAGGGGAAACGCAGAUCUAUCACGAGAAACAGAGAUUGCAGUUCUGCCUCUUGCACGCCCUUAACAACCUCUUUCAGGAAAAGGAUACAUUCACUCCGGCAGAUUUAAAUGCCAUUUCCGACAAGCUCGUCCUUAACGAUCCGAACAGGGAGCGUUGGACUCCCCUCUCUGUAGUCUUCAAGCCGCACCGCAAUGCAAUCACUGGAAACUAUGAUAUAAACGUACUAAUUGCAGCUCUAGAGGGGAAAGGGAAGGUGGUUGUUUGGCAUGAUCGUCGUAAUGGAGUAUCUUCGAUCGACCUUACUGGGACUGAAGAUGGUUUAAUGGGUAUUGUUCUUAACAUUCCGGUCAGGAGGUUUGGUGGGCUUUGGAGAGGUAGGCAUUGGGUCACAUUGCGAAGGUUGGGAGAUAUUUGGUAUAACUUGGAUAGUGAUCUUACAGUUCCUCUUCCAUUCAAUAGCACGGAAGAGUUGAAGGAUUUCUUGGAUAACAUCAUUAGUGGAGGUGGGGAAGUAUUGCUAGUCUUGCACCGCAAACAGUGA